AUGCAUUGUUUCAGAGCAUUUGCCAUCUUUAAUUUUGAGCUCAACCAAAUUUGUUUGAUAUUAAGAAGGGAUAUCGAAUAAACUCCUUUGUGGUAAUAAACCAUAAAAGAGAUUCAGCAUUAGAUUGGAGAAUAAAAUGUAAUGGAAGAGAAGGUCUUCUCCAUUCAAUCAUUGUUAGGAAAAGUGAGAGGCAAAUAUGAUUAUUUUACAAAUCGAUUACUGAUAUUGGUAUCGCAUGAAUUUGUAGACGACAUAUUUUAAGCGGAGCUUCUACUUAUGAUCUAUGCGUACUUAUGUGAGGUCCCUAACUACAAAAAUCUCAAAAUAAAAGAACUCGAAGCUAUGGAAAAGUUUAAAAUAGAAAAUUUAAUAAAGACAAAGGAAGAGCAAUUAAAGUUGAAUAAUAGCUUCAUUUCCAAAUUGUCAAGCUCAAAGCCCAAUAUAUAGGAAUAACUAAACCAAAAAAUGUUAACUUCUACAACACUAUCGAGUGAAAACAAUGAUUUGUAGAGUUUUUCAAGCAAAUAAUUAUUGGAUGAAUAAUACAUGAAAGUCUUCCGCGGUUUUAUGUUGUAUGACAAAAAUAAACAAUAUUUCCUAAUGUUUGUAAGGAAGGGCUUCAGUAAUGAUAAGACUUGGAUCGAAGAAAGAGUCAGAAUCGAAAAUAUUUUAUUGGAAACAACGCAAAAAACAUCUCAUGUUUUCUGUAUACAAAGCAAUUUCGGACAAUUCAUAAUCGAAUAUGAUGCAGCCAUAAAAUUCUAUUUUGUACUUCUAUCUAGACACAAAGCUGCUGAAAAUCCACAAUAUCAACUUUUAUAAAGAAUUAAAAGUUUCAUCCAAUUGGAACCAAAAUUCCAUAAAUAAAAAAAGUGUGAUCUUGAAAGUAAAUUACUGUAUGCUAUUAAUGAUAUCGUAGAUGCAGAGGAGAGAAUAUAUGCAUCAAGAUUUGGAACGUAGAUAGUCGAGUCUAGAAUAAUGAGGACCAAAUGUAAAAGUGAUAAGACUUCCAUCUAACCUUCAUAAAAGUAGAUUCCUUCAAUAAGUGCAAUACCAAAUAUUUAAGACUGCAAUAGUCUUAAUUAGAUACAAAUCAAAUGA